AUGGCUCGUACCAAGCAGACUGCCCGCAAAUCGACAGGUGGUAAAGCACCCAGGAAACAACUGGCUACAAAAGCCGCUCGCAAGAGUGCGCCCUCUACAGGAGGGGUGAAGAAACCUCAUCGUUACAGGCCUGGUACUCUGGCGUUCCGUGAAAUUAGAGGUUAUCAGAAGUCCACUGAACUUCUGAUUCGCAAACUUCCCUUCCAGCGUCUGGUGCAAGAAAUUGCUCAGGACUCUAAAACAGAUCUGCGCUUCCAGAGCGCAGCUAUCGGUGCUUUGCAGGAGGCAAGUGAGGCCUAUCUGGUUGGCCUUUUUGAAAACACUAACCUGUGUGCUAUCCAUGCCAAACGCAUAACAAUUAUGCCAAAAGACAUCCAGCUAGCACACCGCAUACGUGGAGAACGUGCUUAAGAAUCCACUAUGAUGGGAAACAUUUCAUUCU